GCAGGGAGUCUGUGUGGACUCGGAGGUGUCAUGGCGUCCGUUGAGGUGGCAGCGCCUGAAGCUGCUGGGAGGAGCCGUUGAAGCCGAGCUUCGAGCGGGCAGGGAGUAAUGGCCGGGGCGCUGGGACUCUUUCACUAGGCGCUAGCAGGAGCCCGGCCUUUCCUGAGCGUGCGGGCUGGCAGGAGUCGGUUCUCCGAGCCCAGGCUGCCCAGCCCCCGGGAUAGAUAGCGAGCCGGGGCCGAGCUGGUCUGGGCUUCGGUGCCAUCCCUGGUGCGGGUGCUGCCUCGGGAAGGCCUCUGGCCAGCGUUGAGGACAGUUGGGGUCUGUUGAGGAGCAGCAGCAGAGAUGGCCUCCUGGUUAGGGGGCCUGGGCUCCGGGCUGGGCCAGUCCCUGGGGCAGGUAGGGGGCAGCUUGUCCUCCCUUAGCGGCCAGAUCUCCAGCUUCACCAAAGACAUCCUGCUGGAGGGCACCGAGGAAGUGGGAGAUGCACCAACAGAACUCCAAGUAUCCAGUUCUAGGCUAAGAGAAAUAGAAAGUACUCAUGCAACACAGAGAUUGGAGAAUGAGAGACUGAAGAAGGUUUGCAGUGAUCUAGAAGAAAAGCAUGAAGCAGCAGAGCUUCAGAUAAAGCAGUUGUCCAUAGAGUACCGAAAUCAGCUGCAGCAAAGAGAGGUUGAAAUCAGCCAUCUAAAAGCUAGACAGAAUGCACUACAGGAACAGUUGCAGAAGUUGCAGACAACUGCUCAGUCAGCACAGUUAGGAGCUGGUGUUUUGCCGCCAACCACUACAUCAGCUUCCUUUGUUCCUGUGGUUAGACAUCAUUCUUCAGGUUUUCAAGGGGAUGACAUGGACUUUGGAGAUAUAAUCUGGUCCCAGCAAGAAAUAAACAGACUGUCCAAUGAAGUUUCUAGACUUGAAUCUGAGGUUGACCACUGGAUGCAGAUAGCACAGUCUUCCAGAGUACAAGGAACAAAUAAUGCUGAUAAAAGUGAAAUCUGCAAGCUGCAAAAUAUUAUCAAAGAGCUGAAACAGAAUUUAAGUCAAGACAUAGAUGAACAUCAGCAUGAGCUUUCAGUAUUACAGGAUGCACAUCGACAGAAACUAGCAGAGAUAAGUCGUCGGCACCGGGAGGAGUUGAGUGAAUAUGAGGAGCGAAUUGAAGAACUUGAAAAUCAGUUACAGCAAGGUGGUGCAUGCAUUGGAAUCACUGAUUAUUCUAAAAUUAGCGACUUGCAAAAGAACAUUCAAAUCCUACAAACUGAAAAACUAAAGGACACACACAAUAUGAAGGAACUGGAGGAUAAAGUUAAAAAUUUAAAUGAGAAAUUAUGUUCUGUAGAAAAUGAGAACAAAAUCCUGCUGAAUGAGAGAGAACUGGUAAAGAUGGAAAACAGCCAAAUACAAGAAUAUGAAAGACUGAAAUCUGAGUUUAUUAAGCUUCAAAAUUAUGUUGCAGAACAGGAGACCCUUCUGAAAGAACAGGGGAAAAAACUCACACUGAUGACAUCGUCAGAGGAAGAAGUGCUCCGACUACAACAAGCACUGUUGGAUGCAGAAAAAGAAAUAAUGAGACUUAAUAUCUUAAAUCAGACUGAUAGUUUUAUUGGUGCAGGAGAAGAUGGUCUAAAGGUUAAAACAGAUAUGCAAGUUCUAAAAGAAGAAAAUCAUAAACUAGGAAAAGAAAAGGAAGAACUCCAGAAGAAACUGGCAAGUUUACAACAUAAAGAUGAGGAUGUUACAUCUGCAUCUAUUGAAGACAUGAAUUUGGAAUUAAAUCAAUUAAGGCAAGAGUUGGAAAGGAAGGAGCAUGAACUCAAAGAAAGUAUUACAGAAAGAGCAACACUAACAGCAGAAUUAGAAGAAUUGGACAAGCAGAAUCAAGAAACUGUGCAGCAUAUGAUUAUCCUGAAAGAGCAGCUAUCAAAACAGCAUACAGAAGCUGAUAGUACCAUCAACCAGCUGAAACUUGACAUAGAUUCUGAAAGAAGGAAAAUAUCUGAAGUAGAAGCUGAGAAGAUGGAAAUGAGUAAGGAACUAGAAACCCAGAAAUUAAAAAUGAACCACUGUACAUUUGCACUUAAUGAUUUGCAUAUGAGUAAUCAGCAGCUUCAGCAUAACAUUAAGGAUUUACAAGAACAACUAAAGAAAUUCCAAGAUUGUAACUUGAAUAAUAAAAAGGAAAUUGCAGAAUUGAAGCAAAAUCUGAAACAAAAAGAGAAGGAACUUUCUGUUUCUCAGAACAAGUUAACAAAGAUAAUUAAUCAAGAAUCUAACAGUAACUAUCAAGAUCUUUCACUUAAAGAAAGAGAAGCAGAAAUUGAAAAACUAAAUAAAGAUAUUUCAGAAAAUAAACAACUAAAUCAAAAUUUGGAGAAAUCAGUUUGUGAUCUUAAAAUAGAAAAUGGAAAGCUGCUGGCAGUCUGUGAAGAACUAAAACAGCAGUUGCAUGAAGCCUUUGCUGAGAAAAAUAAGUUUUCCCUGGAAAAAGAUACUAUGUUGGAGGCUUUGAAAAUGGAAAAAGGGCAAUUGGAAACUGAAUUAAGCCAGACCGAAAAGCGGCUGUUGGAACAAGCACAAAAAUAUGAACAAACCAUUGAGGACCUGUCAAAUGCACGUAACAUGAACACCGAUGCAUUACAGCUUGAACAUGAGCGUCUAGUGAAAUGUAAUCAAGAGAGGGACUUUGAGAUAGCAGAAUUCAAAAGAAACAUUGAGCAGAUGAAAGCCGACCAUGAAGAAACUAAAGAGAUGUUGACAACUAGCUUAGGAGGACAAAAGCAGUUGACAGAACUCAUAAAAGAGAAGGAGAUGUUUGUUGAAAAAUUUAAAAAUAGAGCUCUAGAGUUGCAACAGGAACUUGAGGAAUAUGUUAAGGAUUCCAAAAAGCAUGAGAUUUUAAGACAAAAUUUAGAAGAAAAGGACAAAAGUCUUGCAGCCAUGAAAGAAGAAAACAAUCAUCUGAAAGAAGAAAUUGAAAGACUAAAGGACCAGCAAAGCAGAUCUCCACCUGUGGCUGAGCCUAAAACACUAGAUAUUAUUACUGAACUUGAAACUGAGAUAGCACAGUUACAUGUAAUAAAGAAUAAUCUUGAGGAGGAAAUAAAACUUAACAAAAAAACAAUUGAAGAUCAGAGUCAGAAAACUGUGCAACUUCAACAGUCUUUGCAGGAGCAUAAAAGGGAAAUAGGUGAGUCUAAAUUUCAGUAUGAGCAAAUGAAUGUCACACAUGAAAAGCUUUUCUUGGAGAAAGAUGAGGAAAUUAAAAGUUUGCAGAAAACAAUUGAACAAAUUAAAACUCAGUUGCACAAUGAGAGGCUCGUCUUUCAGACAGACUCCUCUGAUCUCUUUCAAGAAACCAAAGCCCAGGCACUUAAUGGAGAAAAUGGUAACGAAAAACAUGACUUGUCUAAGUCUGAAAUUGAAAGACUAGUAAAAGGUAUCAAAGAAAGAGAAAGGGAGAUUAAGCUUCUGAAUGAAAAGAAUGUCUUUUUAACUCAACAAAUUGAUCACUUGUCUAACGAUCAAGUUGGUAAACUCACUCAGAUCAUCCAAGAGAAAGACUUAGAGAUACAAGCUCUCCAUGCAAGUAUUUCCUCUUCGUCAUAUAGACAGGAUGUUCUGUACCUUCAACAGCAGCUGCAAGCCUAUGCCAUGGAAAGAGAACAGGUACUGGCAGUUUUGAGUGAAAAAACUAGAGAAAACAGUCAGUUAAAAACAGAGUAUCAUAAAAUCAUGGAUAUGGUGGCAGCUAAGGAAGCAGCUCUGAUGAAGUUGCAAGAAGAGAACCAAAAAUUAUCUAAUAAGUUUGAAAGUAGCAGCCAAGAUAUGUUUAGAGAGACUGUUCAGAAUUUGUCCCGUAUCAUUCGAGAGAAAGAUAUUGAAAUAGAUGCCUUGAGUCAAAAAUGCCAAACCUUAUUGACUGUCCUACAGACAUCCAACAUAGGUACUGACAGUGGAUCAGGAGGUGUUAAUAGUAAUCAGUUUGAGGAGCUUUUACAAGAGCGUGAUAAAUUAAAGCAACAAGUAAAGAAGAUGGAAGAGUGGAAGCAACAAGUAAUGACUACAGUCCAGAACAUGCAGCAUGAGUCAGCUCAUCUCCAAGAGGAGCUACACAAGCUCCAGGCACAAAUUUCAGUUGACAGUGACAGCAGUUCUAAAUUACAGAUAGAUUAUAAUGGCUUGAUCCAGAGUUAUGAGCAGAAUGAGAAAAAAAUUAAAAGUUUUAGUCAGGAGUUAGCACAAGUUCAGCAUAGUAUAGGACAGCUUCAUAAUACCAAGGAUCUUCUUCUGGGAAAACUUGAUAUGGUAACACCACCUAUGCUGAUGGCUUCUUCUGUUGCACAAACAUCAGAUAUUCAAAGCAAUACUCCUCCUGAAAUAGUCAGUGAUGCAUCCAAACUGCUUCAACAGGAAUUGGAGCAGCUUAAAAAAAUGUUGCAAGAAAAAGAUGACACUAUCAGAACUCUUAAGGAAAAUAAUCAAAGAUUGUCUGAUUCCAUGGCUAUAACAUUAGAAUUAGAAAGAAAGGGACAAAAGGACACUGAUCCAGAGAUGAAGCAGAUAAAGGGAAAAUGUGAUGUUUUCCAGAAGUCACUUAGGGACAAAGACCUCUUGAUUAAAUCUAAAAGUGAUCAGUUACUUUCUGUAAGUGAAAAUCUUAGUAACAAAGAAAAUGAAAAUGAGCUUUUAAAACAAGCUGUCACUAAUCUUAAAGAAAGAAAUCUAAUUUUAGAAAUGGACAUCUGUAAGUUGAAAGAAGAAAAUGAAAAAAUAGUAUCAAGGUGCAGGGAGAAAGAAACCGAAUUCCGGGCAUUACAAGAGACUAACAUGCAAUUUUCAAUGAUGCUGAAAGAGAGAGAAUUUGAAUCCCACUCAAUGAAAGAAAAAGCUCUUGCCUUUGAAAAACUAUUGAAAGAAAAAGAACAGGGCAAGAUGGGGGAGUUGAAUCAUCUGUUAAAUGAAGUUAAGUCAAUGCAAGAAAAGGCUGUUUCUUUUCAACAAGAAAGAGACCAAGUCAUGUUAGCACUCAAACAGAAACAAAUGGAGAGCAGUGCCCUACAGAAUGAGGUGCAGCAUUUACGUGAUAAGGAGCAGCGUCUAAACCAGGAACUGGAGAGGUUGCGCAAUCACCUCUUAGAAAUGGAGGACUCCUAUACACAGGAAGCUUUAGCUGCAGAGGACCGAGAGACCAAGCUAAGAAAGAAGGUCAUGGUUUUGGAGGAAAAACUAUUACUCUCUUCUACUGCAGUGGAAAAUGCCAGCCAUCAAGCCAGUCUGCAGGUGGAAUCCUUGCAAGAGCAGCUGAACCUAGUGUCCAGACAGAGAGAUGAAACUAUGCUACAGCUUACCAUGUCACAGGAUCAGGUGAAACAGUAUGCACUGUCACUGGCCAACCUGCAGAUGGUACUAGAGCAAUUCCAGCAGGAGGAGAAAGCCAUGUAUUCAGCGGAACUAGAAAAAUACCAAAAACAGACUGCAGAAUGGAAAAAAAAAGCUGAAAAACUAGAAGGGAGGGUUGAGUCUUUACAGGAAAGUUUAGGGGAAGCAAAUGCUGCCUUGGAUUCUGCAUCAAGGCUGACCGAGCAGUUGGAUCUCAAAGAGGAGCAAAUUGAGGACCUUAGGAAACAAGGUAAACAAGUUGAUUUUUUUUUUUUCUAA